CCAGGGUUCCGUGAGAGCGGUUUGCCCCACCCCACCUCCACAGCGCUAUCUGUCUCAAUGUUCAAUCCUCAGAGAAAAAAGAGGGCCAAAUAAUUCAGGGUAACGCCGCGAACAAACGCCUCGCAUUUCCCCGGGUGAUUCUUCGGAGGCUACGCCGCCAAAAGAGCUGCCACCGUCGGAUUGAGUGGCUCCAAACACCGCGGUAUGUUCAUGUAUCAUGCACAUGUAACCACAAUCUGCCAUACGGAUUCAAAGGGAAUACAAAAAGCUGCGAGACUUGACAGUGGGCUGUGCAUGCGCCAAACGGGGAAAUAACAGCGCCUUCACACAGAUACCACCUGGUUAUUGCGUUAUAUCCAAGGACAAACUGGGGGAAAACCUGCGGAGAGACUUUCCGAUGUGAGGAGAAAUACAAAUUAACGCCACACAGACAGAAAAAGGACGGACAAGGGGCCUUUCUGGGGUCUGGUCAAACCCUACUCCAAAAGCGCACCAGCAUCUUGAAGGAAACCGUCCUGACACUUAAGCAGGAUAUUAUUGAUAAACGUGUUUCAGUCACGACGACAAGCCCAACAAUCUGCGUAUAAUGUGAGGGAUUUGAAGGAGCAGUCCCGGAGAAGCCUGAUGAUUCACACGCCAUUAUUUUAGCAGGAAUAUUUAUUUUUGAUUUCUUCUCACCCGCCCUCUGAUGUGAUUCGAGAGGCAACUGCAAACAGUCCCUUUUUGAGAGCACAACCCCCCGAUAGCCACUAAAACAGGGAAACGCUCAGAUAAACAAGGAAUUUUGGUAGUCUGUGGAAAUGAAUUGAAUGGCAGUGGGAGGUAUCUGCCGAAGAUGGGCUCAAGAGGAGACUAAGGAAAUCCUUUAGGAGAAAAGACCAGAAUAAAUAUAUGUCAAAGAAGGCAGCGAUUGCAUUCAAACCAUAUUAUAAUAAACAGGAUUGGCCUAUUUCCAGAGAAGCUGGAGGUCUUAUAUUUUCUCUCGUAUCAUGUUGAUGACUUCAUUGCGGAUUUACAGUAAAAAACACAGGAUCCAAGCGUCUGAGAGGGCGGCAUCACUGCUCUGCUCUCCUUUUGACUGAUCUAUGUUGAGAAAUUGCUAGUAAAUAGCAUAUCCAACAUCAAUUUAGUGCCAAGCCCAGUGGAGUCCAGCAUUUCUGGCUUACCUGUGUUUCUUUUGGUCAACGUAUCUAUUAUCUGGCUACAUAAAUGUCACACUGUUUGUGUCAGGUGUUCAUAUAUUGGCCUGGUUUAAAAGGCUUUUAGAAUUCAUUGAUUUUUUUUUUUUUUUUAAACCCUCCCUUCCUCCAAGCCACUCACCCAAGCAAGCACCCUGCCUCCCUCUAACCUAUCCAAACUGUGGGUUUUUGGGAAGAUGGGCUGUCUGGGCAAUAGUAAGACUGAAGACCAACGAAAUGAGGAGAAGGCGCAGCGGGAAGCCAAUAAAAAGAUAGAGAAACAGCUUCAAAAAGACAAACAGAUAUACCGGGCAACUCAUCGGCUACUACUAUUAGGUGCGGGUGAAUCUGGAAAAAGCACGAUAGUCAAACAAAUGCGAAUACUCCAUGUAAACGGCUUCAAUGCAGAGGAGAAAAAGCAGAAAAUACAUGACAUUAAAAACAACAUUAAAGAAGCUAUAGAGACUAUUGUGGCUGCCAUGAGCACGCUCACACCGCCAUGCCAGUUAGCCUGUUCUGCAAACCAGUCCCGAAUCGAUUAUGUCAUGAACUUGAAUCAGAAAGACUUUGAGUUUCCUUCGGAGUUUUAUGAUCAUACAAAGCUCCUCUGGCAGGAUGAGGGUGUGCGAGGCUGCUGGGAAAGGUCCAAUGAAUAUCAACUCAUCGACUGUGCGCAGUACUUUUUAGACCGAAUCGAUGUGGUCAGGCAACAUGACUACACACCCACUGACCAGGACCUGUUGAGAUGCAGAGUGCUGACAACUGGAAUAUUCGAGACGAGAUUUCAAAUAGACAAAGUCAAUUUUCAUAUGUUUGAUGUUGGAGGUCAGAGAGAUGAACGUCGAAAAUGGAUCCAGUGUUUUAACGAUGUGACGGCUAUCAUUUUUGUGGUGGCAAGUAGUAGCUACAACAUGGUGAUAAGAGAAGACAAUCAGACCAACAGACUACAGGAGGCCCUCAACCUAUUUAAGAACAUAUGGAACAACAGGUGGCUACGGACCAUUUCAGUUAUCCUCUUUCUGAACAAGCAGGACCUACUCGCUGAGAAGGUUUUGGCAGGGAAGUCUAAAAUUGAGGACUAUUUCGUAGAGUUUGCCAGAUACACUACACCUGAUGAUGCAAUGCCAGAACCAGGUGAGGACCCUCGUGUCACAAGAGCAAAAUACUUCAUUCGGGACGAGUUUCUGCGGAUCAGCACAGCGAGCGGGGACGGCCGGCAUUACUGUUACCCACACUUCACCUGCGCAGUGGACACCGAGAACAUCCGGCGUGUCUUCAGUGACUGUCGCGACAUCAUUCAGAGGAUGCAUCUACGGCAGUACGAGCUCUUGUGAUGGGCCAAACGCCAGCACAGUCUACUCCAAUAUCUACCUAUGACCUACCUAUCUCUCCUCCCUUGUACGACCAGUUAGCCAAUCACCCUGCCACUGUCGCCAAAUUCAAGCAAAUGCCUGCCCAUCCUGAAGCCCCCAACAGAUCCUACUAUAAAGUUAACAUUUUUGGCAAACAGUGGGGAGACUUUUUAAGUUGACUUUGUCUAGUCAAUCAUGACUGUGCAGGCUCUCCCUCCUAAUCAGCUCUCACACAUAUAUCAAUAAUCAACACUACAGCAGAAGACAUUUAAAAGCCACAUAGUAUAAAUAAAUUUAAACUUGCUGCUUUUAAUAGCUGCCUAAAGGCUGAGAGAUGAGUGUUUUCACUACAAUGGACCAAGAGGACUAUAGUGAAAUAAAUGGUGAACUUAAGGAGGGCAGUAUUGGUGGCCUAACUUUUCCCUGUGGACAUGAGCGUGACUCAAACACAUGACCACAUGGAUCCCAUGACGCUCUCUUCAACGAGGAUGGACAGAAAACAAGAUGAAACGUUAAAAAAGAGAAAAAUACCAUAUUAAUGCAUAAAUCAUGCAUACCAGUGAACUUCAUGCAGUGCAAAAAAUCCAAGCUAUAUAUAUAGAUAUUUAUAUAUGAGUGUAUAUAAAUAUGUAUAUAUAUAAAUAUAU